UUAACAACACCACUUUGAUUGUCAAUACUGUUAAUGCUUCUUGUAAAAGACAUGAUGAAGUAGCCCAACAUCAACAUGACACAAUGGUGAGCAAACUAGAGUCUGGAGAAAUAUUUUCAGGAAGAGGAAAAAACCAAGCAACGAAUCUUGUAAAACCUGGGGAUACACGGUGGGGCACACACCAUAAAACUUUGUGUAGAUUCAUUUCAAUGUGGGAAUCUGUUCUACAUGUAUUAGAGAAUGUUCAUGAUGAUGCAGAAAAUCUUACACAGAGAACCACAGCUGGUGGCUUGAUUACUCAGAUGGAGAGCUUUGAGUUUGUUCUCAUAUUGCAUCUUAUGAUCAGAUUAUUGGGCAAGACUAAUGAUUUGUCACAUUGUUUGCAAAAGAAAGAUCAAAACAUUGUUCGUGCUGUGAGUUUGAUUGGCGUAACAUUGGAAAAUCUUCAAGGUAUCCGAGAAAAUGGUUGGGAUGAACUCUUCAAUGAGACAAAUGACUUUUGUGUCAAAUAUAAAAUUGUAGUACCAAACAUGGAUGAUACAAUACCCGCUCGAGGUCGCUCCAGGGGUCGUGGAAGUACAAUGGUAACUUACUAUCACCGCUUUAGAUAUGAAAUAUUCAAUGUUGUGCAUGACCAAAUUAUUGUUGAGUUGAAUAACCGCUUUGCUGAAAAAUCAACUCAGUUGUUGAGGUGCAUUGCUUGUCUUGAUCCAAAGAACUCAUUUGCUAACUUUGAUGAAGACAAACUUGUUGAACUUGCUGCGAUGUAUGCUGAUGACUUCUCCAUAUAUGAGAUCUCUUUUGUUCUUAGAAACCAACUUGAGACAUUCAUUGCUGAUCUGAGAGGUGAUCCGGAUUUUUUAAGUUGUCAUGACCUUGGUAAUCUUGCUGUGAAGAUGGUUCAGACCGAUAGACACACUACUUUUGCUUUGGUGUAUCGUCUUAUUGAGUUGGCAUUGAUUUUGCCCGUUGCAACGACAUCAGUAGAGAGAGCUUUCUCGGCUAUGAACAUUAUCAAGACUGAGUUGAGGAAUAAAAUGGGUGGUGAUUGGAUGAAUUAUAACAUGGUAUGCUAUAUUGAACGAGAUGUAUUUCACUCUAUCAAUGAUGAUGAUAUCUUAUAUCAUUUUCAAGGAUAUAGCUCACGGAGAGGAAUUUUACCUUGUCGUUUCGUUUUUGGCCCUAGGUUUGCUUCAAUCCUGGCUCCGCCACUGCCGCGGCGAGCUCGAGGGGCGGCUCAGGCUGGUGGAGGAGGCCUCGAGGUACUAGGAGAGCGGGCGGUCUGGGAGGAGAGAAAUGCCACCGUCAAGCGCGACAUCGUUGAGCUCCGUGUUGGCGACAAGGUCCACAGCGUCAUGCACGUGCUCCGGUGA